AUAACUUUUAUCUAUUGCUGCUAUAAAUAAAACAAUAGCGGAAAGUCUAGGUAUAAAUUUAAAGUACGAAUGUACCGUUUUGUGUAAAUAUCGUAAUACAAAGCAUAAAAAAACGUAUAGUCCAUUGGCCCGACUCUCAAGGAUGUAAAUGGAUUCCUGUACAGUGAAAAAAGAAACAAUUUCAGGGAGCGCCACGUGCAAAUUAAUGAAAACACGUCACCGUUAUAUUUUACGAAAAGGGGAACAGAAUUCUUCUUCGAACGCAAAGAUUAAAUGUUGACGAUGUGAAAAUUAUUCAACUCGGGCCAUCAAACAAUCUUUCGUCAUGAUCCAAGUGUAUUUGAAGAAUGCAACUGUUGUCAACAAAUUAUGGAGAUUGUUCUAACCCAGCUUUCCCUCUUUCUGAAGAACAGUAGAAUAUUUCAAGUAUAAUGUCCAAUGGUAUUAGGCUCUCUGCCAAGGAAAUUGGAGGAAAACACAUGUCAAACAACGCAAAUUGUUUGCCUGUAAUGUCCUCAACAUUAAGAUCUCCAUUAAUGAAGUUGUCUUCAUAUUUCUUGGCUGUACGACCAUGGUCGUUGAGUGCUUCGUUAAUGCCAACGCUCCUUGGAUCAGCUCUGGCAUAUCGGUUAACAGGCUUAACAAAUUUUAGCUGGAUAUCUUUGAUUUUCACGGUAUACACCGUCUUUUGUGUACAUGGAGCUGGUAACGUAGUCAACACCUAUUUUGAUUACAUAAAAGGGGUGGACAGUCGGAAGAGCGAUGAUAGGAUAUUGGUAGAUCAACUUUUAUCAAAGGAUGAAUUAGUUUCGUUAGGUGCACUGUUGUAUACCGCAGGAUGUUUGGGUUUUGUACUAUUAACUACCAUAUCUCCAGCGAGAAUGGAGCAUCUCGCACUUUUGUACUUCGGAGGUUUGUCCUCGUCGUUUCUUUACACGGGAGGAAUAGGAUUGAAAUACAUCGCGUUAGGCGAUGUCCUCAUUUUAGUUAUAUUCGGCCCCAUCUCAGUCUUGUUCGCGUUCAUGGUUCAGACCGGUUACAUUGAAUUAGGUACGAUAUACUACGCUAUACCUCUUGCGCUGAAUACAGAGGCUAUCCUACACAGUAAUAAUACGCGGGAUUUGGAGAGCGAUAAGAAAGCUGGAAUCGUAACGCUAGCUAUUUUAAUAGGUCAUACCGUAUCUCAUGUUUUAUACGCUUUUUUACUGUUUACACCGUAUGUAACAUUGGUAGUGCUUGCAUUGAGGUAUUCCGUUUGGUUCUUAUUACCGGUGAUUACUUUGCCGACUGCUUUCAAGAUAGAAAAACAAUUCAGAACUCCGCAUACGAUUCAGAGCGUGCCCAAACAGACAGCCAAAUUAAACAUGUUUCUAGGCAUUUUGUACGUUGUUGCUUGUUUACUCGUGGAUCCUCUUCCAUAUCUGUAACAUCCAUGCGCCAUGCAUCAUUGUUCAGAAGAGAAUCCGAUGAUUAUGUGGGCAACUGUUGAUCUAUUUAAUAUUCAUUUAUUAUUUUCAUAAUAUUUGGACUGGUACAUAUGAUCGAUUGAUUCUCAUCAUAAAAUCUAAUUUCUUCCUUCGUGCAAGCAUCAUCAUGUACAUUUAUAAAACUUGAUUCAUACUCGACACGUUAUAUUACCAAUAUUUGUAAUACGAUAAACAUUUGGAGGUAAUCCAACAAUGUGAUGAUCUUUGGCAUGUACAAAGCAAUUAUAUAUCGUUCAGAAUCUGAAUUUCUACCUGUAAUUUUUCCGACAUAUGUAACAAGCAUAAUAUUUUCACACCUAAAGUAGGUGGAAAUGAACUAACGUGAAUUUUUAAUAUAUAAUUAUUUAAAUACGUUUGUAAUUAGUUUAUCUCAACGAAUUAAAAGUCCACAUGGCAUCAUUUAUUAAGAAACAAAGAAAGAGCUGUAUGCAUAUCGUAAUGUGUACAUACAUGUAAUAAUGGUUUUGUAAUCUCAAAAACACAAAUCUCGAUUCAAGUUUUCACAUUUUAUAAAUUGAUAAAUUUACAAGUCAAGACAAUAAAUUCUGUACGGUGUAUUACUAAUAAUAAACUAGAAUGUUGUUAUUGUUUCGUCGUUUACUGUCAUCGUUACAAAGAUCUGUAAUUAUAAAACACUUAUAGUUUCGGCAUAGCUUUAUUUGUCUAUGAUUAUUGUAUUAUAUAUUAUUUAAAAGUACAGACAAUUCUAUUUAAAUAUACAUGUAGAACGGUAAAAUUAAAUUAAUUUAAAUCCCCGUUUUCGAUCAAGCAACAAAUGAUACACUGUACUUCUAAACACGAGAGAAUGCAAAUGUUGCUAUCGUACUAAUGUAGUUUACACAUUCGUUCCAAUCACUUGAUUAGCGAACGCGACCUAAUGAAAAUGAAAGAAAUACGAUAAGAGGAAGCAAAUCUGAUUUUUGUGGCAAUAAUCCAAUAAAUCAUUUUUUAUUAAUCAA